AUGCGCCGGCUCCGGGAAGCCAUCGAGGGGCUGGACGUCGGCGUGCUGGUGAACAACGCCGGCGUGAACAAGCCCGGCGCGCUGUACCUGCACGAGGUGGAGGUGGAGUCGCUGAUGAGGAUGGUGCGCGUGAACCUCCAGGCGCUCACGGAGGUCACCGCCGCCGUGCUGCCGGGCAUGGUUCAGCGGCGGAGGGCGCCGUCGUAUGUUGCUGUGUUCUCGAAAAACCUUUACGUGGAGUACAAAAGUAAAGGAAUCGAUGUUCAAUGUCAGGUGCCCUUCUACGUGGAGACGAACAUGGUCUCCAGCGCGGCGAAGAACAGUCUGUUCCCGCUGUUCGUGGUGGGGCCAGACGCGUGCGGCCGCGCGGCGGUGCGCUGGAUCGGGCACGGCCCGCUGUGCGUGCCCAACCUGGUGCACCAGCUCCAGUGGUGGGCCGCGGCCUUCCUGCCGGAGAUCCUUGGCGACACCUAUCGCCUAGCGCUGCAUCUGCAUCAGCGGGCCAUCUUCCGGAUGCUCAGAUCGUCCAGAGCGCAUCCGCAGGGCAGCGGCGGUUCAUCAGUGCACAAAUUCUACUAG